UUCUAGUAUUAUGGAGUCCUUGGAUGUACCAUAACGGCUGUUACGUAUUUCCGCUGAGUAACGUUGGUCAGUGUAUGCUGACUGUGUAGGCAGACGCUAGACCCACAGAACCGAGCUUACUGUCUGUGGGACGGUGGGUGCUACCGACGUAGCUGGAGUUGCAACUCUCAGAGUGAGUCUGCACGGGCGAUCAUCACGUCUACAACAAGCAAGCACGCACCAUAAGCUCGCGGCCACUGUUCAUUUCACGCUCAAUCUCUGUGAGUCCUAGUCCAUUAUGUACUCUGUCUCGCUGGUCCUGUCUUGCAGUGUAGUCGAUACGCUCGUCCCAGGUAGACAUCACCAGAAACCGCAGUUCAGCGUAGAUCUAAUCCACGUCUCCAGUGUUCCCUAGUAUUUCUGCUUGUCACCCACGUCCUCACCUCGCACCUCGUUAGCAUUCACACUGCACUAGAGAGCAGAGGUGACUCCAUACUGGUCCGUAUACGCGUAGACCCAGCGGGUGCGAGUUGCCACCCAAUGUAGCGAAAACCUCCUGCAGCCUGCGGAAAAAUUCAGAAUGAGCGCCGAGGUAAUCCUUCAGCGUUACUCUCCCCUGUGUCUUGGUGAACACUGUGCUGUUGGCGAGGAGAAGUUGCUGCGCUGCAACUCCCUAUCAACUCUAAACUACAAAACAGCAAUGGACGAUUCUGCGACAAGUGCACUGCGGAAGCAGCAGCGGUGGAAGACGGGUAUCUCUUCCAUCAAGAGGAAGCUAGCGCGACCAACAGCUAAUACUACUAUCGACGAGAGGACGGUGGACAGUAACGCACGGCCAAGGUCGGUCUGCUCGGAUACGGGCAGUACUUUGACUCGCAGGUCGUUGGACCAGAGUUGUCCCAGCCUAGCGCCGUCAUCUGCUGCCGAAUCGGAUAGGAAACUGGACCGAUCUGCGGAAAGCCCGACGGAAAGCAUUUCGGCUGAGCAGCGUCGACGGAGAUGGGCUGCGACACGGAAGGCUUCUCAAUCGGCUGUGAACCUUUCCUCAACUUCCGCGAGUGGAACACCAGCCGGUUUCAGCAAGAUAACAGAGAGGUUUCGGCUGAUCAAUGACAGAGGUAGUAGAAGCGGGCUGAAUAGGUGUGGAGAGCGGCAGCGUGGAGAUGCGCAUGUUUCGCUGGUCUACGGCAUAUCCCACAACAGCACUACUGUGCCAGAUGGUGCUCUGUGCGUUAACCCGUUCUUCAUGUCUCAUAUUCCACAGAGCAGCAGAGGAUCCGAGCCAUGCAGCACGCCAGUGUUUCGCACGCCAAUGCCAGCAGCAGAGCCAGCCACUGGGAAGUUAUCGUCUGGCGCCUGGCAGAGCAACAAGAGAUCUUCAACGUACUUCUCGUUCCACCGUUCGUCUUCGUCGGUGUCCGAACGACCUGCUCCCCAAACGCCCUCAUCUCACGAGGAUUUGUGCCGAUCAAGCAGCAGUACUAGUAACGAGAGCAACGUCAGCUCUGGCUCCAGUAGUGGCAGUGAUACCCCUUUCUCUCCGGCCAAUAGACACAGCAAGCUGGUGCGCUGUUCACCGGUGGAUAGCGGCAACGCAAUGGCCACGACAACAAGCCCGUCGUCAGAGUCCUCGGCGUCCGAUUACAGCUUCUCUUUGACAAGCUGUGCUAGCUGGUCGCAGGAUGCCAGCCCUUCACAUGAUAGUCCCACCAGUGCCUAUCAACAAACAGCACGGAUUGCAAGUCGGAACAAUACCUUCGGACAGCGUCCACUGCCAGCGAUUCCUGUAAUGCCAGGGUGGCACCAACAAGAAGCGGACGAGCAGGAUGACAGUGAUAGCGAAGGAGAAGACCCGCAACCGUCAACGCGGCUGAUCACACCUUCGUCCAGCACAUCUUCACUCCAUGAAAUCGUGCUGCAAUCGCACCUUCUGGGCAACUUCAAUACAGUGAAGAGACUCAGCUGGUACUGGGGACCAUUGAGCCGAGAGGAAAGCGAGACAGUGCUGGGCAAUGGCACGGAUGGUGAUUUUCUUCUCCGCGAUUCCUCCACUGAUAGAGAUUUUUUCGUUCUAUCGGUCCGAUGCAACGGUGAAACCGUGCAUGUGCUGGCUGAUAACAAGCAGCUGGAUGUACAGUGGCCUGGCAAGGUGCCUGGAAGGUUCCAAGACAUGCUGGCCCUGCUGCAUCCCAACAUCAAGCAGAACAAGGUUGGCCAGGCGUUUGCGCCGGCCAAGGGAGUGGACUCGGGCGAGGUCUUCUUCACGCGGCCACUGCGCCGCUACUCUCACGUCCCCACGCUGCAGCAUCUCUGCCGCCUCACGCUACGGGCCAACUGCCUCCUGAGCCACGAGGAGAUUGUCAAGCUGGACUUGCCCAAGACAAUAAAGACGUUCCUUGACCAGCCCAACGUCUACACAGAAUGACUUCAUUUCUUCUUCCUCCCUGCCCCUUUCUUUUCAAUAGUUUGAUUUGUACAACAUGACUGCACAUAUUAUAUACCAAAUAUUAUGGCCAUGCUCUGAAAUACUUAUACUUUUCUGUUGUAAAAGCUUGUAACACAUGCAUGAAUUUGGCUUGCAAGCUCUGCUUGACUUUUUGGUGACCGGACCCAUGACCAAGUUAUAUGCUGACAAAAUACCUUUGACACAAAUUUGACUCCUAAUGGAAGAAAAAUCCUAUGGCUUCCUCUCCUUGACGACACUUUCGACCUUAUGGCAUUAAUCUUUCUCAUUUCUUCACCCUUUGUAUGCUUUAGGAGUUCUUGACAUUGAGCGAACUUCAGCCAAAGCCUGCUUGCUGGGCUGUGCUGCUAGCUGCAACUCUUACUGCAACUCUUGGCUUUAUAUGAUAAUAUUAUCAUUACGACGCUGUGGCAACUUUGUGGCUUGUACAGAUACGAAGUAUGAGUUUUAUUGUCCAAUUUGUAAGCCGAGUUUUGGUAUAUUAUGAUUGACGCAAGUUAGUAAGCAGGCUGGGAAAGGGGCACCAACAUUUCCCCACCAAAAAUUACCCCCUCUGCCUUCAUCAACAUCACUAUUAUUAGGAGGGUACACCGAAUUUGCGAAGCAUGAUUCAACUCUCAGGGCGAAACGUGACACAGA